CGCAGGACCCACCCCCGUCGCUCCCCCUCCCCCAAGGGCGGUGGCGGAGCAGCAGCGAGAAGAGCACUUGCAUUUCUCCUGAAGCUCACUCAGGACCGCACCUCAGGACGCACAGGUCGUUUCCAUCCAAAGACAGCAGCAAAAAUGGACAACAAUGGCGACGGAGGAUGGUUCCCCGGUCUGGGCAACAAUCGCCCAAAACCGAGAAGAAUGGGCAAAGCCGACUUUUACGAAGACCGCUCCGGCAGGUCCACACCUGACAUUUCCACCGCCCAGCAGACCAUCAUCUCGAGCGCUAAUUCCUCUCCAACGAGCACCAGAGCCACCGAAACGGAGGAGGGGCUGGACAGUCUUCAAGAGGACCUUCUGCAAGUCACCGUGGACAGUGGAGGUGUGAUUGAAGAAAUCAAAAUGGAACAUGCUACGGAAAUGUCUGCUCAGCCCGUUUUUGCCGACGAAGGGGAUGGGAGCUCACAAAAUCGUCUGCUUAUCAAGAACGGAAAGGUCGUGAACGCCGACGGAAUUGAAGACGCAGACAUCUUCAUCGAGAAUGGCGUCAUCACUCAACUGGGCCGAAACCUUAUCAUCCCCGGUGGAACCAGGACCAUCGACGCCAGGGGUCGUUACGUCAUGCCAGGUGGCAUUGACACACAUACCCACAUGGAGCUGGAAUUAAUGGGGGCCACGGCGGUGGAUGACUUUUAUCAGGGCACCAAGGCUGCCAUCGCGGGUGGCACUACCAUGAUCAUGGACUUUGUUCUGCCAAAAAAGGGUGAGAGUCUCCUGGAGGCUUUUGGGAACUGGAGGAGAAAGGCCGAUCCUAAGGUCUGUUGCGACUACGCACUCCACAUCGGAGUCACCUGGUGGUCUGAUCAGGUCAAGGAGGAAAUGACCGAUUUGGUCAAGAACCACGGAGUCAAUUCGUUCAAGAUGUUCAUGGCCUACAAGGACUUGUACAUGAUCAGAGACCCUGACCUUUACAAGAUCUUCGAGCACUGUAGAGAAUUGGGCGCGGUGGCUAUGGUGCAUGCUGAGAAUGGUGACAUUAUCGCUGAGAACACUAAGAAAUUGCUCGACGCCGGAAUCACGGGACCAGAGGGACACGAAAUGUCCAGGCCAGAGGACGUUGAGGCCGAGGCCACUCACAGAGCUUGUGUCAUUGCAAACCAGGUGUCUUGUCCCCUGUAUGUAGUGCACAUAAUGAGUAAAAUGGCGGCGGACGUGAUCGCCCUGAAGCGGCGCCAAGGGGCGGUGGUGUUUGGCGAACCGAUCGCCGCCUCCCUUGGCACCGACGGCACCCACUACCACCAUCGUUGCUGGCAGCAUGCUGCGUGUCACGUGCUCAGCCCGCCCCUCCGUCCUGACCCUGAAACCCCACAGUACCUGAUGCAAAUGCUCGCAGACGAUGGUCUGCAAGUGACCGGCAGUGACAACUGCACCUUCAACUUCGAGCAGAAGAAGCUCGGCCGCGACGACUUCUCCAAGAUUCCAAACGGCGUCAACGGCGUCGAGGACCGCAUGUCUGUUCUGUGGGAGAAGGGCGUGGAGUCUGGAAAAAUGGACCCGGCGCGCUUUGUGGCCGUCACCAGCACCAACGCUGCCAAGAUCUUCAACGUUUACCCUCAAAAGGGAUGCAUCGCCGUCGGAUCGGACGCUGACAUUGUCAUCUGGAACCCUGGCAAGACCAGGGUCAUCUCCGCACAGACUCACCACCAGGCCGUGGACUUCAACAUUUUCGAGGGAAUGGAGUGCCAUGGUGUGCCCGAGUUUGUCAUUGUGAAUGGCCGAGUGUGCGUUGAUGAGGAAGAGUUGAAGGCCGUUCACGGAUUUGGCAAGUUUGUGCCAACGCCAGCCUUCCCCCCGCACGUCUACGACCUGGUCGAUGCCCGAGAGAAGGAGCGAAGACCCCAGGGAGUCGUCAGAGGCCCCAACGACGAUGACUACGCACCGACGCAGAACGGCUCAGCCAGUGGGGCCAAGAAACACGCCGUGAUCGCCACUCCAGCGUCUCCUGUGGCUGGAGACGGACACAGUCACGGCCCCACUGCGUCCGGAGGUCGCCACAUGCAGGACACAACAUUCACCCUUGCCGGCGAGUACCCCAAACGGGAUGAUGAUGAUGACGAUGUUGCACGUGAUUCCACACCCACUCAUGGGGAUGGUAAGACGACCGUCAAGGUGAGGAACCCGCCCGGCGGCCGCUCGUCAGGUGGCUUCUGGUAAGGCGAGAGCACAAAGGACGCGCAUUUUGCUUCUUCUCACCCAGCCGCAAGGCAGCUGCUGCUUUUCCUCUUCCCAACUCUAUUCCUUCCCAAGUACGAAGAAUAUUAUAUCAGUCUCAAACCUUUGAUUUUUGCGGGAGGGCAAUUUAAAAAGCUCGCAUCAACUGCAUUUUUUCUGAGCGAAAUGAUCGAUCGUGUGAGAUUCAAAUGAAUCAAAACCGAUAAAAAAGUAAAUAAUGGAAACCACCCCACGCCUUAGGCGAAUAUUUUUAAUUUUGUGAGCAAGUACAUGUCUAGAAUCUUUUUAUCGGCUAGAUUGAUUGUUGAGCCUCCAAGAUGGAAAAAAUGACUUGUCAAAUUUUCUGAAGUGCUGAAUGUAUUUGGGAUAAAAUAUUAAGUAAUACAAGCGCCUGCACUAGAGACUUGUUGUAUAAUUAUGUGUAAAUGAUUGAUUGAUUUUUUUAUUAUUAUUACUAUUGACCAUGCAUUGAUAAUAAAUCUCUUGAUUUGUGCUAUGGA